AACCUAGUUAUUGUGACACUGACAGUCGUACUGUCAGAACGUAAAUUUAAAAUAAUUUUAAUUUAAUGGCUGAGUAAAUAAUUAUUAAUUAAUGGUAAUUAAUUAUUUGAUUUUAAAUAAUGGAUACAAAAGCUAUUGUCGUUCCUGGAGAAGCUCCAGAGUCAGAUGAAGAAACUCAUGAAAUUCCAAUAGGGUUUACUUUCAAAUAUAUCAAAAACACAUCAGGGAAAAUUAUUUCUGGCGAGGCUACUGAAUCAGAUGACGAUGGGGCAAGUUGGAGCAGUGUAAGUGCAGCAAUUGACGCAACUACAUGUCCGCCUUACAUGGACAUCAAAUCAACCUCGAAAAAAAGUUCUAUAAAAUACAAUAGUUUGCUCCAUAAAAAAUUACACGAAUGCAAUGAAUCAUUGAGGACCGAUAUAGUUGGUCUGACGGAGGGUACUAUAAAUGCUGGAAUUCAGGAGCUGAUGGGAAUAAACAAGCAGCUAGUGAAGAGUGAACUGACUGUACAAGAGGCUGCUUGUCAGCUUAGAAACGCCUCAGCACGUUGGAAUGAAGCAUCCAGUGCUCUUUUCCAGUUAAUAGAUGCUAAUUUUUUGAAUACCAUCAAAAUAUAAUUAUUUUAUAAUUAAUAACAAUAAUAAUAAGUAGCAAUUAAAUUUUAAUACUGGACUCUUAUGGGUAUUCGGCUGUUUACUAUCGACUGCUCGGAGGAGAUCCGACUAAUGCUAAGAAUCCUGUCAAUUUAAAAAUAAAAAAUUAUUUUACUGGAAAAUUUAUUGACGGAUUUUCUUUUUCUUUUUUUUUUUUUAAUCACAAUGAUCAGGUCGUGUUAUCCGCAACUAAUUUUUUGAAUAAAAUUUCCUACAUUUAUUUUUAAAAUUUAUGAUUUGAUAAAUAUACCAAUAGACAGAAAAAAAAAAUUUGAAAUCCUCAAUUUUCUCGGAUAAAUUAAAAUCUCUGGCCAAGGCAAGUUCUCUUGGCUCAAGAAAUUCAAAAAUAUUUUCUUGACUCAAGAUUUUUUCUGCCUAGAGUCUCAUUAUUAAAGCGGCAACUGUUUGAAUCAUAUAAAUAUAUAGUGUUUGGAAAAUCUCAUUUACUUUAGAAAUUUUUCCGAGCAGCGUAAGCUGGCAGCCGAACAAGCCAUGAAAUUUAAUUAUACUAUCAUAUUUUUUUUAAUACAUAUUCUUAUAUACUAAUAUGUAUAAUAUUUAUUAUCAACAUAUUAUUGAUCGUUAAUUAUUAAAUGUACAUAAAAUUUUAUCGGCUGCUAGCCAAAAAUGUGACGUUCUACAUACGUUCGACGUUACUUUUUAAAUUUAAUCAAUAAAUACAAUAAUAAAAAAAGGAAAAUGGUUUUCUUUUAAUACUUCAAGAACUUGUUGAGCAUAAAUUUGGCUUUUUGUUUGUUGUUUCAUUUAUUUUUGAGUUUAUUUAUUGGCAGUACUAUUUCGUUAUUUAAGUUAUUGACUAACAGCCUCACUAUUAGUUACCGUUGCAUUAAUUUUCUUUUAUAUUCUAAUAAUUUUUUUUUUAUUUUACAUACUAUCAGCAUUAGAAGAAAAAAAAUGGUCAGAUAAUAAUUAAAUUUAAAAAUAAUCACACCUGAACAUUUUUAAUCUUGGACAUAAUAACAAUAAUUUUCUAUCGACUUACAAAUUAUAAUUAUUAUUAAAUAUUUUUUUUUUUCAUAUUUUUUAUGUAUACCGGGUCGCAUUGUAAUUAUUAUUAAUAAUAAUAUAAGAGGCUUCUGCUAUAAUUUAGAUAUUAAUUUAAAGAAAACUUUAAAAAAUUGAUAAUCGUAAAGGCUCAAGCGGUAGGGUUUAGGGGCAGGACGUGAGCAUACAGUCUUUAUCAGAAGCCUCUAGAUUGUUUAUAAACUUUGAGUACAUACUUAAUAUUAUACUGGAAUUACGUUAAUAAACUGCUUGCUUAUUUAUAUAAUUUAUUAAUUAUUAUUUAAUUUUAUUUUUACUAAUGAAAUCUCUUAUCAUCUGCACUACUUCGCUUGGUAUCAAAGGGCUGAUAUUGUAUGUGUCGAUUGCAAUCGAUUAUCAUAAUA